GUUUUGCAUCAGCGAUUAAACAUGUACUAAUCAAAGUCAAAAGCCUUAUAUUUUUUUUCGCUGCUCCGUUUGGUUUGUUAGAAAAGGUAACAGAGUGAGAAUUUUCACUAAAAUACUCCGUUUGGUUUGGAGGACACUGUUUGAUCCGGGAAUUGCGACCAGAGGGCCGCUUAAUGUCAGAACUAAAAAAAUAAAAAAUAAAAACUCCUAAAGUGAAUUGUGUUUUAUUGGCUUCAAAUUCAUCAGUCUUGUCAAUUUUGUUUUGUUACCCUUUUCUACUUGAGUUUUUCCCUUAAUUUGGUUUUCUCACCUGAGUAUUUUAAUUUGCUUUGUUUUUGUUUGGUUUCUUCUCUGAUAAAAAGAUGGCUGUGGAGAAUCAAAAGGAUCAUUUGAGAGAUGAAGAAGAAGAUGGUUUCAUUAACCGUUUUCCUAUUGUCGGUAUGCGUGUUCUUGCUGUUGAUGACAAUCCAACUUGUCUCAAAGUUUUGGACAAAUUGCUUCGUCAAUGCGAAUAUCAUGUUACUACUACUACUAAUGCAAUUGAGGCGCUGAGAAUGUUGAGGGAAAACAGAAAUAACUUUGACUUGGUUAUUAGUGAUGUUGAUAUGCCUGAUAUGGAUGGAUUUAAGCUCCUUGAGAUGGUGGGACUUGAAAUGGACUUACCUGUCAUUAUGUUGUCGGGACAUAGGGAUAGAAACAUGGUGUUCAAGGGUAUUUCACAUGGUGCAUGUGACUAUUUGCUGAAACCUGUUCGACUUGAAGAGCUCCAGAACAUAUGGCAACACGUAGUCCGAAAACAAACAACUGCUUCCAAGGAUCAGAAUAAGGCUUCCAAUGAGGAUAGGAACCCUAAUAUUUCUGGGGGAAAUAGUCAAAACGUAUUGGAGAACAUUGCUGAACAGAAUAAAAACCUAGGUAAAAGAAGGAAGGACCAAGCCGAGGAGGAAGAAAAUGAAGACGGUGAAGGGACUGGAGAUGAGGAUGACCCCUCAUCGCAGAAGAAACCUCGUGUGGUUUGGUCUGUUGAUCUGCAUAAGAAAUUUCUUAUUGCUGUUAAUCAACUUGGCUUGGAAAAGGCUGUUCCGAAGAAAAUACUUGACCUGAUGAAUGAUGAAAGGCUUACCAGGGAAAAUGUGGCAAGCCAUCUACAGAAAUUUAGACUCUAUCUGAAAAAGGCAAACCAUCAUCAAGGUAACAUGGUUGCUGCAUUGGGUGGUGGUAACGAUUCUUACUUUCAGAUGAAUGGAAUGGAAGGAUAUGCAAAUUUCUGCACCUCAACUGGAUCUGGAACGAUCUCAAGCACCGGAAUGCCAUCUUGUCCAUCAAGUGCAGUUUUCGGUAGGCUGAACUCUCCAGCUGGCCUUAACAUGAGAGGAAUGAGUUCUUCAACGCUGGUUCAGCCUGUUCCGUCUCAAAACAUCAACAACUCCUGGAUUCCUGCAAAUCAAAGCUCAAGCUUAUUACAUGGCAUUCCAACUCAGCUUAACCAAUCUAAGCUAAACAAUUGUGCUACUGGUAUAUCACAGUUAACUCAAAUAGAUUCCACUGGAUUUGCAGUUCCGUCUGGCUUCCACAAUAGUAGGGCUACUCUUAGUAAUGCAAACAAUUCUCUACAAGUCUCAAAUCAUCAUUUAAUGAUGGACGGAAAUUCACAGCAGACACACAAUUCAGGGUCAUUUAGAAAUCAGUCUUCAGUUGGAUCUGCUUCUUUGGGAAACACAAACGCUGGCAUUGGUGGUUUUUCUAAUUUGUUGGAUUAUAAUCACUGCAAUGAAAACUGGCAAAGUCAAGCUCAGCUACCUAAAUUUCCUGCCAAUUCUUUGCCAGUAUGCGAGUCUUUCAAUGGCAACCAACUGCAUCCCACUAGCAUUACUGCUUUUAACCCAAGGCCUUGUGUUGGUAACAAUCAAGUUGACUUUUCGUCUGGAAAUGUAAUCACUGCUACUUUGGAGGAUGCCAGAAAUGUGCCAAGUUUCCAAGAAGGCGGCUUGAUUGGGAAUGUUAUACAGCCUACAAGUUAUGCUGUGCAACAAAGGUGGGAAGAACAUAAAGUUGAUUACAGCCAAAACAUGAUCCGUCCCUUCAAUCCUAUAAAUUUACAGGUUUCUUCCAGCAGGGAAGCGACAAAUUUUGUGGUGCAUAAUACAAACCAAAGUAAAACAGUUUGCAACAAUAGAGUUGAUGCAUCUUUUGUUGAUCAAGUAAAUGGCACUUCUACAUCAGUUGGCCAUUGCACUGAAGUUGAGAAAUUAUCAUCAGACUUACGAGUUAACUCGAAUGAUGCCUACAUGAGGGAGAUUAUGGCGUCCCAAGUUGGAUAUAUUCCCGGUUUUGGAACCAUAAAUGACAUAAUGGGUACAAUGGUAAAAAGGGUAUGAUUAAACUACCUACUUCAGCUGCGUAGUUUUUAAAAAUAAACUAACAAAUUUUUUCUUCUUUAUACUCAUUUUUAUUGCUCUA